GUGAAUUUGCGAAUCAUAAUAUCGGCAUCAUAGAUUUGAGUACUAUGAUCUGACUAUAUUGGAAAUAGCAAGAUGCUUGGUGGGAUGAACAAAUGAAGAAGGGAGUUGGAAAUGAUUGUUGUUGUUCAGGGUGUUGCUGUACAAGACGUGUUGGGGAAACAUUACAUAACACGUGGUCACGAGGUUGUAGUCAUCAUUUAGUAAGCCAGCUAGUUAUUUGCCUUGGUGCUUGGCUCAGUCACAUGGCCGUGGGUAGCUUUCAGGUCAAUCUCUCCUCACCAACACUGAGAAGAACAAAUGUCGAUUGACAGGUGUUGGUUAGAUUCGCGACAACAUACAGAGUGCACAACAGCCAAGUCAGCUCGGUUUCAGGUGGCGGAGUGUCGGUCGGGCGCGG